ACACACACACACACACACACACACACAAACUCCUAGGCAGCAUUCCACACUGAAGCCCCCGAUGCUGCGCUCAGAGCUCCGGGAUCCGCGCCGCUCCAAGGAUGUUCCUCCCGGAUGUGGCCGCUCACUGCGCGCUCCUGCUCGGGUUCACCUGCCUGGCCGCUUUCGCUAACACUUCCCCACAUUUCUCAGGUUACCUGUUGCAUGUGUUGCGUAACUACACAGACGAGGUGUGUGAUGGUGAGCUCAUGACUGUACGCUGCCCUCCAAGAACCACCAUCACCGUCCAAUCAGCUUUCUAUGGCAGGAGAAGCUCCACCCACUCCUUGUUCUGCCCACCACUAUACAGCAUCAGUGGGCCACAUCCACUGAGUGGGGUCACUUCGUGUCACCUGGCAACGGCUCUGCAGAAGAUGACAGAUGAGUGUGAGAACAGGAGGAGUUGUGAAGUUUUGGUGAACAGUCGGUUGUUUGGAACAGAUCCGUGUCCAUCUAUCAGCAAAUCCCUCACUCUGCAGUACAAAUGCAGACCUAAUGAGUAUAAGAGUAAGGUGGUGUGUGAGGGGGAGAAGAUGAGGGUGAGCUGUAAGACAGGGAUGCAGAUCGCCGUCUUCUCAGCCAUGUUUGGACGUACGCAGGAUGGGACACUGGAGUGUCCUCCACACCACCGGAGGGCGCCGUCUGUCGACUGUCAUUCAGAAGGGGCCCUGCAGGUGAUGACAUCACGUUGCCAGGGGAAACGCACGUGUGUGGUUCGAGCCUCUGCACAGGAGUUUGGGGACCCCUGUUACGCCGGGACUCGCAAAUACCUCAGUGUUAUAUACACCUGUGUUCCUACGAAGCUCCUGCAGGAUUCAGGUGAGACCCCCUCUUUUUCUCCGCCCCCUUCCCAGCCGCAUGACCCCAACGUUGUCGGAGACAGCGCACACCCUGAAGGGAACCCAUCCGUGACCUCUGUCCCUGCACCAGGAAAAUCUAAACGAGGGAAGUCUGGUGCUGACUCAGAGAAGGAAAUUCAUUCUGAAGACCGACCUGGACAGGAAGUAAAGACAGAAAGGGACGUUCGUUCAGAGACGUCGGCUAGAGACCCAAAUCCUGCCAUCAGCACUGUGUUCAGGAACAAGAUGGCGCUCAUCAGUAAUGGCCUCGCUGCUUACACCUACAUCACUGAGCACCCAGAGCGCUGUGCGCUGUACUUCAUGUGCGGAGUGUGUGUCGGUCUCUUCCUCACACUCUUCGCCCUGGUGGUGCAGAUCUCCUGUCGGACGGAGUGUAAACAGCGGCAAGUCGUCACCAAAAAACGCCCUCGACCUGCUGAUUCUGACUCUAACUCUGAUUCCGAUUCAGACUGGGAUUCUGGCUCAGACCUGUCGUCACGGCGACGACGGCGCUUCGAGCGCACCCUAAACACCAACGUGUUCACCUCGGCCGAGGAGCUAGAGCGAGCUCAGCGACUAGAGGAGCGGGAGCGAAUCAUCCGCGAGAUCUGGAUGAACGGACAGCCUGAUGUCCCGGGAACACGGAGCCUCAAUCGCUACUACUAACACACACACACACACACACACACAGCUAAGAGGACUGCGGAUGUUUCUGGGAUUAUUUACAGAGAACAUAAACUGUAACCUCGCACUGAAAGUGUACGUGCCUGCUUACACUUAACCUUCAGAGGUCAAAGGUCAUGCUGAUAUGACCAGAUCCCUAAAAUCUAGAGGAUUGCAAAGCUAACGGGAGACAAAGGCCAAGUGGAGGAGAGCAGCUAAUAUUUUAAUCCUAACCCUAGGCAGCUCUGAAGGAGCUGCAGAACUCUGAUUGGUCCGUUCCUUCUGCCUGACAGUUUGGGGGCGGAGACUGUAGAGGACAAGACUAAAGACUACCAGAACACACUGGUAGAAAUGACGAAUUUUGUCCAUUUCCUGAUGAUGAACCUGAAAGCGUCAUUAAUUCAGAAGGAUUCACGUUCGGAUUGUUUUGUUUGCUAGCUGGAUCACUAGCUACAACUACGUCAGAACGCUUCAUGCUAACACUCACAUUCUAAUACAACCAGUCACAUGGUGCUGCCUUUGAACUUUACCUUUAAAAAACAAAUAUAUAUAAAUAUAUAUUUAGUCAGAGAAAUGCUUAGAAUCCGUCUCAGCAAUUAUAAAGAAUAUAUUUUGAAUAUUUAAUAUUUUUUUCCUGAAUAGUUAUGACAUUUUUAUACUGUGGCAGCGUUUGGAUUUUUUUUGUGAUUGACAGCUCAGGGAUGUAAUCCGAGUGUUUGUGUGUAAAACCGUUCUCACAAUUUUAUUCUUAAAGAAAAACGGGAUGUGCUUUACUGCAAAAUGUUCUGAUCUAUAAACCUCAAAGAGGUUGUGUU